AUGCAGCACCCACAUCAAGGGGAGGAGGCCCUGCCCCUCAGCCUCCCCCCCACCCAUCCCAAGUGCAACCACUGCCACCUUCCCCUCAGCAAGGCCGGAAGCUCAACGGCGAACGACCGAGGAAGAGACGGAUCGCCGGGGGAGAGAACGGCAGGAGAGAGAGCAGACGCCCACGAGGUGAAGCUGCGACUCCGGCCCAGGCGAUCCUCCCUGACGAUCACCUGCCAGAAGGAAUUUAGUAACCUGUGCUCGCCCUCCUUGACUGGCAGCAGCGACGCCCUGAGGAGGAUCAGCAUGACGUCCUCAUCCGAUCCUGAGGAGGAUUACGUCGAGAAGCUGAAUUUCUCGGCCUGGAAAAGCGUCAGUCACGACCUGGAUAAAACGCCGCAGUACCACCCAAUGAACGUCAAGGAAAAGCCGCCUCUCUCCUCCUGGAAAAGCUGCUCGGCCCUGCAGGGAGAGAGAGAGAGAAAGCCAGACACCUUCGACCGAGCCACAAACCCUCGCCAGAGCUGGUCGUCGACCUACGAACGACGCAAGUCCGUGAGCUUCGACCUGCCGACGGUACAGCAGAUCAUGACCUACCCCCCUGAGGCCUGCUGUCCGAAGUGUCAUAAGGGACCUCGAAAGCCCAAGACUCUCGGAAGCAUGAACAAAGCCCUGAAGAAGUCUUGGAACAAAGGUAUCGGAAAACUGCACAUGCCCAAAAGUGGUUCAACAAAGGACAAGUUUGAGAAACCAGAAAUGAAAGCACAGAAUUUGUCGCCCCUUCCUUUCACGCGAAAAAAAGUUGAGAAGCCAAUCCCACCGCCUAAAAAGCCUCUCACAGAAUCUCUGAGUGCGUCCCCAAUGACCUUCCUCAGAAAGAAGAAAGUAGAGUUAGAAAAUGCAUCUUCUGUUCGAUCCAGCACAGGGAGUCACCUCUCUGAACAUUUGGGCAAGCUGAGUAAUUUUAAGGUCAACUUCCAAAGGCUGAGAAACCCUGCUCCUUUCGAACCAACACUGACUGGGUUCGCUAAAGACGCCAGUGAAUUCACAUCCUCAUCAAAGGCCAAGAAGGCAGAAGGGGACUCUGUUUCUAUCACAAGUUUCACGAGCAUCGAGUCCUCUGCUUCUGCAGUCAAGAAAAUGAAGAAAAAUAAGCUAGGGGGCAAAAAGUUUUACAAGAUGCCAGGUGUUAGUGAGCAGGAAGUGAAACUUCGGCCUCCUGUGAAACCAAAAUCCUCUGGCCCCUUAAAGGCUUUCAAGACAGCAAUCGGAAAGAAGUCCAAAAGCACAAUGGACUUGAGUGCUUUGGACAGAAAUCCGGACAACGGCCUCUCGAGGAGCUACGAUGAUAUUCUCAAAGAAAAUAAUUUCCCAACGCAAGACGAGUUCAUGGUUGAUGUGAGGAUGCUGACGCUCAGCCACGACUACAUCGAACCUGGGGACUUUGAUGAUGAUGACGACUACUAUCCAUACGUGCCACGACGGAGGUCCUUGGCGGAGCCUGAGACGAGAAGCCUCACAGGUAAGGAUUCGACUUCAAAAGGAAGUUCUUCUUCACUGAUGUCCAAGAUAGAAGAACCCAAGAGACCAGUUCCUGAGAAAAGAGAAAACCCUCCGGCGAAGAUUUGCAGAGAGGAAAGGACCGUAAAACAAGCUGAGGAAAUGGCAAAGGAAGAGGAACUAACGAACCAAAACGAUGAAGACAGUGGUGAGAAUGUCAGUGAACCUCCCAACAAGAGUCCAUUGUCCAAACGAGGAUCGGUCCACGACAUCAUCCUCAAAUACGAGACACUGGAGAGGUGUAAAAGCCAUGAGAAAAUUACCCCGCCCUCGCAGAUCAAGCCUCCAAUUCCUCCCAGGCCUCGUAAGAUAUCCAAGACCCACAGCAUCGAUGGCUUGACGGCAACGACAGCAAGACCCAUACAGAGGAAGCACAAGGGCCAUGCCUCAGCUGAAGAUGCUUCCUGGUUCGACCGAGAUAUGGCGAGUCUCAGUGACAGUGCAACACCCUCUUGGAGAGACUCCUCCUGGAGAGACUCAGCUCCUUGGGCUCAAGACUACAAUGCAAGGGUUAAAAAUAAAGGGAAAAAGAAGCCUAUGGCAACCCCGAGAUCGUCUCUAAUGCCACCGAAAGAGCGACAAAGGCCUGAUGAAGAACAAAAAACACAAGACGAGUGUCUGGCCAAAGUGGAAUUGCAAGAAAACAAAGACGAGAAAAUCCGAAGUGAAAAGGGAAAUGCAGUGCGUGAAAUGGACAUACCGAGCGUGAUUGUCACUUCGGAGGCCGAUAACAUGAUCGAAAAUGACAAACAAGAGAGGCAAAGUGAUGAGCCUGAGCAGAGAAAAGCGAGUCCCAUUCCAGUUCAACACACAGAGCUAAAGGAAUAUCCCAAAGAGGUAAGUUCAAGGAAGUCUUCAGCCGAAGAAAAGUAUCCCAUAAAACACACUCUGAGUUCAAGUUCAACGGAGGAGCAAGGUUUCCUCUCCUCUCUUCACCGCCUUGUGAUGAAGACGCCGAGCCUGAGCUCAGGUGACGACCAGCCCAGUCUCAAGCAAAGGAUUGUCAAGCGGCUUUCCAGCGUGAGCUCCUCAGAGGAACGCGAGGCUUUAGAGAGAUCCUUGGGGAAGUCUUCGCCGCGAGGAUCCGGCAAGAAGAUCCCCCCUAAGCGACCUCCUCCGCCGAAGCUUCCUCUCGAGAAGCUCAACAGCUACAACCAAUAUCUCAACAUCGACCCCUCGAAAGUGCCCGAGACGCCGCCUCCGCCGAAACCGCCAAGGCUCUUUCAGAUCCUAUCAGGCUACAGGAAGCCCCCAGAGUCUCCAUUCCUCUCCAGCGUCCACAACUACCGCCGCUUCUCCCUCGUGGAUAGCGACUGUGAGAUCAUCCGCUCGGAAAUCUACGCCAAGCAGCAGCAGUCCGACGAAAUCAGCCAUCCCGACUCGGCCACAGAUGGAGAGACCGACGGCGGCGAGACCUACACCAAGUACCGUCUGGGGGAGACCACCGACGACGAGUCCUUGUUAGAUUUCCCAGUGGCUCCCGAGCAAGACGACGCGCUGGAAAUGCCACCAGAGUCCCCUCAGCCGCGCGGGACGGAUUCCCCGCUGAAGUCUGAGGAUGAGAACGACGACCCUGCAGAAGAGAAGGGCCAAGGGAAGGUUGAGUCGCCCUUCCCCUACUUCGCGGCGGCGCCGAGCGACAUGGCGUCUCCUCAGAGCGAGUACGAUAAUGUCGGACACGACCGGCAGGGUUGGGCAACUAGUAAAUCGGAGGCGAGAUGCAUUGAGGUGAUUCUGGGGCCAGAGUCCAGCCAGAGUGAGCAGCAGGACGACAAGAAGGAUGCUAACAAGGGAACAGACGAUUGCAUGAGUUACCCUGACCAUGCUGACGUCGUAGCGAAGCGGAGCCAAAGAAGACGUCGUUCCGAGAGCGAAAGCUCCAACAGAAGCUUUCGUGAAGAGCGUCGGAAUUCAAGGCUCUUGGACGCGACGGCCUCAGGUUCUUCCACGCCGGCGAGGGAGGCUUCCAAGUCUCCCUCGCCAGUCCCGGCGCCGCGGUCCCGCCCGGUGCCGUCGCCCAGGUCCUCCAAGCCGUCUUCGGCGCCGUCGUCACGCCCGACUUCAGCCAUGUCUACCACGGACCGCCCCCUCCUGGCGAUGUUCUUCGAAAAGCUCUUGGAGAACCAUGCGAACCAGGGAGAGGGCUCGAGGCUCAGCAUCUCGGCGAACGACCUCGACGACCCGCAAGUCAAGGCCGAGUCGCCGCGCGGAGCUCCCAACUCAUCAAAAUCCGAGAACGACUUUCUCUCCGACGCCGCUCGGAGCGAGGCCGCCAGGGACCACAGGAAGGACCCCGAGAGGAGGACCACUUCCCCGGCCACCUCCGCCACGUGCAGCGACGUGAGUUCGCUGUGCGAGUCGCCGAAGUGCUUCAGCAAGAGCUUCGUGGGCAAACGACCCACGAUAGACCACGGGCGCCUCGAGACGCGGCGCUGCGUCUCCGAGAACGAGCUCCUGGAGGCGACGUCGAAGUGCGGCCCCGCCUCGCCCACGUCAUCCAACGCCAGCGCACCCGCACGCCCGCACGCUAGGCCGCGGCAGAGACCAGCGCUCACCAGGAGCAACGCCGUCAUCUCCUCCAGCGACGAGGACUUCCAGGAGAGCUCGCAGGACGCGGUGGUGGUGGUGCCGGGGGGGCGCAAGCCUCCUGCGAGGGGCGUGUGGGUGCGGAGGGCGUCGGACUCCCUCCUGACGGGGGCCAAACACCUCGACGACACGGGGGGGAGGAAACACUCCUUGACCGAGACCGGUUACUCUGGGGACUCCGAAGACGAUGAGGAGACUCGACCCUCGCUGACGGAGAAAGAGCGGUGUCUCGUACGUCGAAAUUCCAGCCUUAAUACACAGCUCUCUCGCCUUCAGCUGCACGUCAAGACACUCAGCUGCGAGAACAAUUCGCUGAAAAACAAGAUGGAGGUGGAACUCGAGCGGCCCCUGGAGUUCCGGGAGAAGGAGCGCCACCGCCAGAGGGAAGUGCAGGUCCUCAAGAAGAAAAAUUCCGAACUGGCAACCAUCACGAGGAAGCUGGAGGAAAAAGUGCGCAGUCUCGAGAAGAAAACCAAAGAGUCGCCCUCGACGGAGAGACGGAACAACUUCCUCGCGCGGCAGAAGGAGAAGGACGCCCUGUACGAGAAACAGCUGCUCGAGCGCGACCGGGAGAUCCAGAGACUGAAGGCCCGCAUGAAGGAACUGGUUCGGAAGCUCACCGGCAAGAAUGGCGAGAUCACGAGAGCGCAGAGCACCUUAGAGCUAGAGCAGAUUAUUCGCACGGUCGCCAAGGAGAGGUUGCAGCUGGAGCGGCACCUGGCUGUCGCGAAUGAGGUGAGUACCCCGAUUGUUGUUGUUGUUAUUGUUGUUGAUUGUUGA